AUGGCCGCUUCCCUCCCAGCAAAGCUCAAGAUCAAAGAGAUCACGCCUUUUGCAGUUCGCGCUGCUCAACUAGAGAAACACAAGCCUAUCGUCUCGUACUGGUGCAACUACUACAUCAUCGACCAGAUCCUCUCCAAGGGUCUGCACUCGGCCGACGAUGAAUGCAUGCAAUACACGACCACUCUGAUGGACAAGCUCGAGCAGACCAAGACCGAGCAAGCAGGAAACGAUGCCAUUGUCGACGACAUCGCCGCAAAGGCAUACAUCGAGCAGUUCGCUCUUGACACGUUCCAACGCGCCGACGAUGCCAUUCACUCCAACAAGGCCUCGCGUCAGACCAUCGACACCUUCCAGGCCGCCGUAACCUUCUUCGACCUGCUGUCCAUGUCCAUUUGGGCUCCCAUCGAUCCAGACAUCACUGCAAAGUCCAAAUACGCAAAGUUCCACGCUGUUCGCAUCGCCAAAGCCAUCAAGGCCGGUGAAGACCCAAACGCCUCGAACCCUGUCCAAGAAGAGCCCCCAAUAGCUCCUGCUCAAGACACAUACCACCCCCCCACCGUCGAGAGUGCCCCAGAAAGCCAGUAUCCUUCUCGUCCGGCAUCAGUCACUCAACCUGAGCCCGCCGCCAUCCCUCCACCAACCGUUCAAGAUGCUGUCUCACCUGUUGAGUCUACAAAUCCACGCCAGAAUUCCAUAGGUGGUGGCUACUUCCCUUCUGCUCCCACCUUCGCCUCAGACCCAGCCCCGCCUGUCGCGCCUGCCACCAACCCAGCCACGCCUUUUGUGCCCUCUAUUCCAACGCCUGCUGCAGAUGCACCAGCCUCGCCAUCGCAAUUUUACACACAGCCUACCCAGCCAGCUGCAUCAAUACCUAUGCGCUCUCCUGCUACUGUACCGCCGCCAGCCCCAGCACCGGUGCCUCUCCCACCUGUACAGCCCGUGGCUCCAGGUACCUACCGAACCGACGACGACUCCAUCACAUUGGCUCAGAAGCACGCCAAGUGGGCUAUGUCAGCUCUGAACUUUGAGGAUGUCGACACUGCUGUCAAGGAACUGAGAUUGGCCCUCCAGACUUUGGGUGCAACUUAA